AUGUAUAAUUACAUGAAAUCAAACAAUCUACCAGUUGACCAGAAACAGAGAAAAUUAACUCAGUUAGCAUCAACACACAACCAAUAUCAACCAUUUUCUUCUUAUUAUCUUUGGUAUCUAAUCGACAGAUUUCAUUUUAUCAUUGAUGACAUUCAAUCAAUUUUAACAUUUACUAAAAACACUUGUUUUAAUGAAUUUGUGAAUGAAUUUAUGAACGAAAGACAAAAGGCUGAAUUAGAAGGAAAUAAAGGAAAAAGUUUAUUUUGCAAGAUUUCGCUUAAUGGAUCAUAUGGUUACGAUGCAAUGAAUACACAAAAUUACACAAAGACUAAAAUAAUGAAUGCACAGAAGGCACGCGUUGCAUGUAUGUCAAAUAAGUUUAAAAACAUAAGAGAAAUAGGAGAGGAUACGUAUCAAGUGAUGCUCAAAGAUAGAUUUUAUAGAUGUGAUACAUGUUUACAAGAGGCAUUCUUCACUUUAGAUAAUGCUAAAUACUGGUAUUUGGUUUUCAUUUAUGAUUUUAUGUAUAAAUGCAUGGAUGUUAAUCGUUUUCAUUUCAUUGAAGGUGAUACUGAUUCAUCUUAUUGGGCAAUCGCUGGCGAUCCAAAUCUUCCUAACACUCAAGCAUUUCAAGCAAUUGUUACUGAUAAACAAUUUUAUGAUAAAAACAUUUUCAAAUUCGCACCAUCUGAUUUCUUCUGUUUUGAUGAGAAAUUUAAACCUAAAUUAAAGAAUAAAGCUGAAGAAAAAGCACAUGAGAAGAAGUUAUUGGGUUUAGCAAUUGAGAAACAAGGUGAUAACAUGGUUGCUUUAUGCCCCAAGUGUUAUACAUCAUUCAACGGUUCAAUUGAUGGAGGUGAUUUUAAAAAGAUUGCACAAAAAAUGAAAGGUGUUAGUUUACGACAAAAUAAACAAUUAACACCUAAAAAUUAUUUGGAUAUAAUAAAUGAUAAA